UCACAUAACUUCAGCCGCAAAUCGGAACUUCUCCCGUGUAAUAGCUGCACGGCGGCUCGGCUGAAACGAGUAAAGAGCUUGCAACUGCUACGACGAUAUAUCCUCUUUCACUCUCUUCAUUUCCACAUUGAUUAUUGGAAUUCAAUUCGUGAAUCCGAGGAAAUAUGGCGGAGCUAAGCCUGGGUGUGCUGAUAGAUAUAGUGGAUGAAGAAUGGAUGAGAGAUACCCUGCCUGAAGAUGAUGUUUUACUACCUCCCGUAAUGGUGGCUCGAACUGAUGAUACUGAAGACCCAAGAUCUCAAGACGGGGAUGAAGAUUGGUGGAGAGCAUGAAGCUGGUGGACUGUAUUAUCUUGAUGGAGGUGGUUCGACAACAACUAUUCAGUCAUCUUUCUCCCCUCAUCAGUGGCACUGCAAACUUGGUUAUCCGUCUCUUAGAGCUCUUCAGUUACUUGUUCCGUCGUUGCGUCGUCUUUCUAAUUUAAAUUGUGUGUCGUGUCAGUUUGGGAAACAUCAUCGUGUCUCCUUUAGUCCUAGAAUUGAUAGUCGUACAUCGAGUCCUUUUUCUUUAGUCCAUUCGAACAUUUGGGGUUCAAACAGAGUAGUGUCUUAUAAUGGUUACACGUAUUUUGUAAUUUUUGUUGAUGAUUAUUCAAGG